AUGUACCUAACUGGACGGAUACCCAUGCAUAUGCUAAGUGUGAAAGUAACACUCAACCUUGCUGCAGUCCUUGGAGUCGCCUUUGCAUGUCUUGCUGGAGUCCUGUGUUUGGUUCUCAUCAUCUACUUGAUUUACAAAAAGUGUCGAAAGAGGCGCAACCAAACUGUGGCAACCACCACCUAUGUAGCCAACGUACCUGGGCAGCCACACCCCCCUUAUCAGUACUACCCAGGCUACCAGCCUGUACCUGCCCUGCAUGGAUAUGGAGGCCUGCCUGUACCCACAGCACCACCACAUUCAUACAUGGAAGCAACUCAUCCAGCUCACUUUCCAGUUCCAUCUCCUCUGGGACACCCGAUGAACCCCCUUUAUUCUCCUGGCGAGUCUUAUCCACCACCGCCACCAUAUUCAGACGACAUGGCACAUCCACCCUACAACCCAUCGUACGGCCCAAUGGGAGCUGAACCAAAGAGUUAACCAGAUAAACAGACGCAUGGGGACUGCAGCACCUUUCUCAUGGGAGUGUGUGAGUGGAUGUGUGUAUUAGAGCUGCGAUAACAUAUUCAAGUUAAAUAUAUUCAAUUGGAGUAAAAGUGCAAUUUAACUACCAGAAAUCUUUGCUGCAUAUUGCUGCACCUUUUUGUCUGUGUACCCCUUAUUAUAAUUAUCCAGAAACUAUAUUUGUUCAGCAGCGUCAAAUUUUAAAAUAUGAUAAUGUUUGUAUUUUAGUGUUGAAUGUAUAAAAAAAUAUAUUUCAAGAGAGAUAUAAGUAUCAAACACACACUUCAAGUCAGAUGAAGAGCAUUGUCAAGGCAAGAUAAUUAUUUAUCAGUAAUACCCAGAUUCAUUCAUAUUGCUUGACAAAUAUUAUUAGAAUCAUAAUUAAAAGUGAUGCCCUGAAGUAUAGAUUCUCUCAGUUGACCUACGAUUCCAUUUCACCUUUUUUUAAUGAACUCAAACUACCACUAGAGGUCGCCACCACCCCACGUUUGUACAGAGAAGCCGCUACACAGGAUUGCAAGUUUAUAUCAAAUGAAACUAUGAUUCUGACAAAAUACAUUUCUUAUUUCUUCUUGCAAUGAUCCAGGAUCAAAAUCCCUGGUGACUUCAUUGCAACCACCUGAUGUACAGGGGAACAUGGUUUACUGCUCUGUUUCAACUUUAGGAGGAUAAUUAUCUUAAACCUUUUAUCGCUUUAAAUUGUGCAAUCUUUCAAGACUGAUGCAGGACUUACACUGGAUGAAACUGCAGCACAGCAAAAGAAAGCCACAUAGGCACCAACGACACUCUCUGUGUUGUGUAACCUACAACAUCUCCAGAGAUAGUUAAGUAUACGUUUUGUUUACUCAGCCCAAGUACAUAGAGUGAAUUAUUAAAACGUACUUUUUAUCCUGUCGUCCUGAGUCCACUUCAGUUGUGUGAUUGUACAUUAUGGAGCAGUUGCAGUUACGAUUAUAUGAGGUUGAUAAUGACUCUGGUGAUUAUGGCUCGCUUCUGGUGUCCUAUUCACACGAUGUUUAAGCUCAUUUAAAAUAACUGCAGAACAGUUUUCUAAAAGUUCUUGUCUCUUUCAUAAAGAUUCUGCUGAUGUACUUAAUGAACAAGUAGGCCUUUCUUUUUUAACAGUGGACAUUUUUAUUCAGUUGGAACACUGACCUUUUCUGAGACGUCACUGAGCCAGGGUGCACAAUACAAGAGACAUGACAGAGGUUUAAGUCUUGAGUCAUCUGAAAUGUGUUUCCCACUGCUGGCAUGUAUCGGUGAUAAAGGGUACUGAGAGUGAAUAUUCUUUACCAAUUGAGCAUUGGUGAAGCUGCUGUUAAAGUAAGUUAAAGGUUUUACUAGAAUGGCAACUUGUGAGAAUAAAGAACAAAUAUAUAAGUGUGA